GCAGUGAGUGCGGACUUUAAUUUUGACAUCCAAACCGGAAGUGCUUCGAUGCGUGCUGCGACGAGACUGUCAAGCUGUAGGACAUGGGGGUUAAAAUAGAGGUUUUCAGGAUGAUGGUUUAUCUGUCAUUUCCAGUGACGAUGUUUUGGAUAUCAAAUCAAGCCGAGUAUUUCGAGGAAUACAUUGUAAAAAGAAAAAGAGAAAUAUUCCCCCCUGAUGAGAAAAUGCAUAGACAAAAACUAGAGGACUUCAAGGAGCGCAUGAGAAACAGGAAGGAGCAAAAGAUGCUGAAACAGAUGGGAAUAGAGAAUGAGGAAUGAUUACAAAACUACGUUAUCAUUUUUUCCGUCAUAAUGCUACUUUGAAAUCAAGACUUAUUGUGUAACAUUAACACACUGUCGUGGCUCGUGUGUGUGUGUUUAUCAUCAAACCAUUUAUUUAAAACCUUGAGUAUAUUGUUUGGAGAUAUCCUUUCAUUUAAGGACCAGAUGGGAAAUGUAUAUAUUUGUAAAUAUAUGAGUUUUCACACAAUUAUACACAUGGUUUGAUGUUUUUUUAACUUUCGGAAUUACUGUAAGUUAUUCACUGUUUGUUUGAUUUAUUUACAAAUUCCAAAUAAAUUCAAGGGAAUUCUUUUUAAAACUCUUGUUAAAUUA